AUGAGUUUUGAAACUACAACCACCAAUGGAAACGACAAAUCCGAACGCAAAUACUAUGAUCGCACAAAAUCAGACGAUUUGCAAAUAUCGAGGACAGAUAUGAAUAUGUUGAUAAUGAAUUAUUUGGUCACAGAGGGGUUUAAAGAAGCUGCUUUGAAGUUUCAACAAGAAGCAGGUCUGCAAGAGCCUGCCCUAUGUAGCUCAUUAGAUGAGAGGAUAAUGAUUAGAGAGGCAGUUCAAGGAGGUCGUAUAUCAGAAGCUAUUGCUUUGGUUAAUGCUUUACACCCAGAGCUGCUAGACAAUGACCGCUAUCUAUAUUUCCACUUACAGCAACUGCAGCUUCUGGAACUGAUUCGGGCAGGUCGAGCAGAAGAAGCUUUAGCAUUUGCUAGUGCAACAUUAGCUGAGGCUGGGGCAAAUGACCGUAAUGCUCUGACUGAACUUGAGCGGUCACUAGCUUUAUUAGCAUUCCCUGACCCUCAUGCUUCUCCUUUUGCCGACUUACUGCUACCAUCUCACAGCCAAAAAAUUGCCAGUGAAUUAAAUGCAGCAAUUCUGAAAAUGGAAAACCAAGAAUACACAAAUCCAAAAUUAUGCAGUCUUUUAAGAAUGAUUCUUUGGUCUCAAAGUGAACUGGACAAACACAAUGUGAAAUAUCCAAAAAUGACAGACCUCGCUAAUGCUACUAUUGAACAACCUAAAUGA